AUUACAGGCUAUGCUUUGGAAAGUUCUUGAAUUAUUAGUGCCUCACAUAAAACGUGUCCAAAAGCAAAAAUUGAUGCAUUUUCAAGCAAUUCAACUGGUCAAAUCCUUGUGUGAGAAAAGUGGAUCUUCAAAUGACUCAGAGGUUUAUGAAUUAAUUUGCUAUGUAAUCCUUAUAGCUACAAGGUAUGGGAUUCAUGAGGUUGUUGAAGAGGUUGUUGAAUCAUUUCCUCGAGCACUUUGGUAUGUGGACAAAGAUGGUUAUAACAUAUUUGGACUGGCAGUUAUAUAUCGUUGUGAAAAUGUUUUCAACCUCAUCUAUCAAAUGAGUCGACAUAAACAAGAUAUGAUGUUCGUGGUGGACAAAAAUUGGAACACUAUGUUGCACUUGGCUGGACGAUUAGCACCUUUUGACAAGCUCAAUCUUGUUCCGGGUGCAGCUUUGCAAAUGCAACGUGAGUUACAAUGGUUUAAGGAAGUGGAGAAGUUUGUAACACCCGGUUACAAAGAGUAUCAAAAUGAAGGAAAUGAAUUUCCUUCAAUGGUAUUUACCAAAGAACACAAAAAAUUAGUGGAAGAAGGAGAAAAAUGGAUGAAAGACACUACGAACUCUUGCACAAUAGCGGCAGCACUCAUUGCCACUAUAGCAUUUGCAGCUGUAAUCACUGUUCCAGGUGGCACCAAUGGCACAAAUGGCAUCCCGGUUUUCUCAAAAGCAAACGCAUUUAUUGUCUUUAUCGUUUCAGAUGCAAUCUCUCUAUUCACAUCCACCAUGUCUCUGUUAAUGUUCUUGUCUAUCCUCACUUGA